GUCGUGCAGUGUGCACUUUUCCGCAGAACGUGUCGGUGCGAUUUUGUUAUUAAUAUUAUUCACUGUUCGUCGUCGGCUGACGAUCUAUUGAAGUUCGCCAUCUCCAAAUUCACUCCACACACCCGGUCUUGUUCUCGUGUACCAGCCUAUCGUUGUAAUUAAAACCGGAGUGGCACACCUCACCAACUCUUAACCGUAGCGGGUUACUCAUCUCUCGUCGAAGUCGUAAGCGAUUUGAACACUCCGUUAACAUGGAAAACGGUGACAAGAGACUAUUAACACACGGAUGUAAAAAUUCACUAACAGAAACAAAGAAAUCUAAAGCGGCUCAGGUCACAACAACAACAUCAUAUUCUAAAUCCUCAAAGGAAAUUGUUGGUAUUCAAGAUUUAUCCGAUGAUGUUAUCAUGUAUUUAUUUAAAUAUCUGUCACAUGAUAAUCUUGCCAAAAUGGCACUGAUAUGCCCUAACUUGUUAAGAGUUAGUCAUGAUUGGACUCUAUGGAAAAAACCAAGAUUCGAAAAGUUUGUAAAAUCUAUGGAAGAUGUUUACUUGAGCUAUUUAAAAGAGGAUACCACUGAAUUGUUUAUAUCGUGUAAAGAUGUUCCAAGCUCUGAUUAUUCAGUUUCUCACACAUUUUUAAUACAAUUGGAAACAAAAUGCCCAGAAUUACUCAAUUUAACAUUAACAAAUCAAGUAUUUGAUGCUGGUGAAAUAACUGUAAAGAUUUUGCAUCGAAAAUUAAAAACGCUGACAAUUGAUAAUACAACUAUUGAAAACAUUCCAGACAGCUCUUCAUAUUUAUGCGGUAUAGAGAAAGCUUGCCCAGCUUUAGAGCGAAUUAUAAUGACAAACAACGAUUGGUUUUUGCCAAAUUGUUUACUUGCAUUGUCCAAGGUGAAAUUUUUAAACUACUUAAGUCUCGCAGGUUGCAAACAGUUUAAGAAUUGUGUUCCAUAUGCAAGUAUUACUGCUAUAACUGGAUUCCAGUCUUUACAGACACUUGAUUUGCGUUUUACUCCAGUAAGUGAUGGCGAACUUGUUUGCUUUCAAAGAUUACUAACUUUGAAAAAUAUUCUUUUGGAAAGCCCUGAGUAUAUGAAUCACGAGAGAGAUGCAACAAUUUCUGAUCUUGGUUUGGCAGGAUUUUUUGAAAUCCAUUAUCCAUUUUUUGAAUUUCUUAUUGAAAAUUAUCGUCAAGGGGGCAUAAUAGGAUUUCCAGAAAGAUGCCGGCUUGAAACCUUAUAUGUUCGCAACUAUCCAAAAAUAACAGAUGCAUUUUUGAAGACUGCUGUCAGAAGUAUACCAUACUUGAAAUCGUUAGACAUUACUGGAUCAUGUUGCACUUCAGCAGAAAUAGUAAAUUUUAAAGCAAAAAGACCUAGUACAAAGGUAAUAUGCUAAAAAGACUGAAAAA